UAUUCCAGGGUUCCCCCACUAUUUUCCCCCAUCAUAGCCAUUUCUUCUUCUUCUUCUUCAUCCCCACUGUUUUUAGUCAUUCAAAUGUUAGUCAAGCCCUAGUCUCUACCCUAAUAUACCCACUCCCAAGACUUCAUCUUUAUUGCAACACCUAAGUUUCUUGAUAACUUGAAAGAUUAAACAAAACCCUAGCUUGAUUGGCCUACUUUUGGAGAUCUUUUCAUUUAUUCUUACAAAACCCUAUAUAUGUUUCCUAAAAGCAACAUCAUCCAUGACCCUUUUUCCAACAAAUCACAAGAAUUGCUUAAAGAGUCUUAUACACAUCAUUAUCACCAAAGCCCUAGUUCAACAAUAGUAGAAGAAGACCUUUCUUUUUUCUUGAACUUUCCUUCGCCAUUUCUUGAUGACCAUGAACUCCCAUUAAGCCAAAUAUUUUCCCAACAGCAUCAUCAAGAGCUAGAGGCUAGUGAUAACCAUGACACUGACCAAGCUGAUCCUGACAAUUCCAUCAAAGAUAACCAUAAUGCUGGCAAUUCAAGAUCUGCACGACUCAACUCGAAAAUCUUGGGAGACCAGAGUUCAAAUUCGGCCAGCAAGGUAAAACCUAUUGAGCCUGCCUCAUCACCAUCAUCAAAGAAGAGAAAACUAAGUGCAAAACCACGAAGAAGACCAGGAAAAAAGGAUAGGCAUAGCAAGAUUUGCACAGCACAAGGUGUGAGAGACCGGAGGAUGAGAUUGUCCCUUCAAAUAGCGCGUAAGUUCUUCGAUCUACAAGACAUGUUAGGGUUUGAUAAGGCAAGUGAAACCAUUGAAUGGUUGUUUUCCAAGUCCAAGAAUGCCAUCAAGGAGCUCUCAAGAAACAUCCCACAAGAGAAUUAUAGUAGUCAUGACAACAAUGGAGCUAAGAGUGAAUAUGAAGAUCAUAGAAAUUUGAGAAAGAUUGAGUCAAGGGACAAGCCAAGAGAUAAGGCAAGGGAGAAAACCAAAGAGAAAAUAAUGAUUAAAUCAGGCCACAACAAAAAGUGCAAUCAAGAAUUGUGUGAAACAAACCCUAAAAAUAUUGAUAACUUAAGGUCAAAUUCACAAUCUCUUGAACAUCAAUCUGCUAAUGUUGGGAUCGUGGAAAGUUACUUAGGUGGUGCAAGUUGUUCUUCAAUAACUUCUAUAUUUGACUAUGACAACAACGGACUAAUCAAAGGAAGCAUAGAUAUUUCUGACAAUUGCUUCAUGGGGUUUCUUGAAAAUUGUACAAUGACAAAUGAGGUGGCUCAAAUCCCAUUUGCAGGUAAUAACCCUAGCUCAGUUUAUUUGGACAAUUCAAGGUUUCAUCAAUUUUAGCUUUUGGACCAAGAGAAUCAUUUCUCCUGCAGAUACUAAGACUGAAAUAAACUAGAAUAUCCUAUGUUAUAACUACCUGCUUUUUCUCCUUUUUUGUUUUGGGUUGGUUGAUUUAUGGAAUAUGGCAAAGUCUAUUUUGAACUUUGCUGGUUGAUUGUAGAAACGCAAGCGUGUUGAGAACUAAUA